AUGCAAACAACAGUUGUUGAAGGAAUAGAACUAGGACCAGUUAGCCAGGACAUCAUGAAAAACCAAGCAACUGUUAACAUUGGAAUGAUAGGGCACGUAGCACACGGGAAAUCCACUAUUGUCAAGGCAAUUAGUGGGAUAAAGACAGUGCGGUUUAAAAGUGAGCUGGAAAGAAACAUAACUAUCAAGCUCGGGUAUGCAAAUGCAAAGAUAUACAAAUGCACAGGAGGAAUAUGCAAAAGGCCAGAGUGCUACAUGUCAACCUCCAGCACACAGAAGCCCCCAAAGGCUUGCAAAACAAAGAACUGCAACGGAACAAUUCAGUUGGAGCGACAUGUUUCCUUUGUGGACUGCCCAGGACACGAGGUUCUUAUGGACACCAUGCUUACAGGAGCUGCAAUUAUGGAUGCGGCCAUUCUGAUUAUAGCUGCAAACGAGCAGUGCCCACAGCCACAGACAAUAGAGCAUCUCAAUGCAAUAGACGUAGUGGAUCUAGACAAAGUGAUAAUUCUGCAGAACAAAGUAGAUCUUCUUUCCAGAGAGCAGGCCUUAGAAAACCACGACCAGAUUGAAGAGUUCAUAAAGGACUCUUCAGCAUGCAAUGCACCAAUUAUCCCAACAUCCGCCCAGAUAGGAUGCAAUCUUGAUGCAAUUCUGGACUACAUUGUCAACUACAUACCAGUGCCGCAGAGAGAGUAUGCGCUUCCACCACAAGUGCAGGUUAUCAGAUCAUUUGACAUAAAUAAGCCAGGAUGCAAGCCAUCAGACUAUAAAGGAGGUGUGAUUGGUGGGUGCCUGACCAGUGGAUAUCUGCAGGCAGGAGAGGAGCUUGAGGUGCGCCCAGGCAUCCUUGAAAAGGUCAAAGGAAAGCUUGUCUGCAAGCCUGUUAGAACAAAGAUUGUUUCUCUAUUUGCAGAGUCAAAUACUCUUAAGGUUGCAGUGCCAGGAGGUCUUGUUGGAAUUGGUACUGAGCUAGAUCCUUUCUUCUGCAGAGGAGACAAGCUUGUAGGGCAGGUUCUGGGAAGGCCUGGAACACUUCCAGAAGUAUACAGGGAGAUGGGCAUAAGCUACCAUUUAUUUGAAAAGUUAACUGCCCAGAUACCCGCACUAGGAAAGCCCCUUGCCGUUAAAGAGCAGCUCUUAAUAAACAUAGGAAGCAGUUCAAGCCGUAUCCAGAUCACUGCCGCCACAAAGAACACAGCAUUUUUCAUUCUUGCCACGCCCAUCUGUGCGAAAAUAGGAGCAACCCUAAGCAUUUCAAGAAAGAUGAGCGGGCACUGGAGGCUGAUUGGAGCAGGAGAAAUAGAAAAGGGAACAAGCAUACCAAUUAUAGAUGAGUAG